UAGUUAGAAUAUAUCAGAGUUUUGUUUGUUUUGGAUAAAGAUGGGAGGACACCGUGGAGGAGGACAUAUAGCUGAGGAGAGCACCGGGGAGGAGAACAUAUAGAUAAAAAGGAUACCGGGGAGAAGGACACCUAAAUUAGGGGGAUACCAGGGAGGAGUGCAUAGAGCUGAGGAGGAUACGGGGAAGAAGGAUAUAUAGAAGAGGAUGAUACCGGGGAGGAGGACAUAUAGAUGAGGAGGAUACCGGGGAGGAGGGCAUAUAGAUGAGGAAAAUACCAAGGAGGAGGACAUAUAUAUGAGAAGGAGGACAUACAAGACAUAUAGAUUAAGAGGACACCGGGAAGGAGGACAUAUAUAUGAGGAGGAUACCGGGGAGGAGGACAUAUAGAUGAGGAGGAGAUGAUAUGUACUCACAUCUCUGUUAAGCGCAGUAAAUAAAGGCAGUAGAAGGCGCACUGAUGAGGCAACCUGCUGAUAGGAGGCCUGUACAGGGAAACAUGAGCGCACAUGGAACUUGGCCGAGGAGGAACACUCAUGAGUUUCCAGCGUUUUUACGGCGUCAGGAGAGAAGUGUGGUGCGACCACGUGAUUGGUUGUGGCACGACCGGGAAAUACCUUAUAUCCUGAGCAGUUCUAUCGGUCUGAAUGUGAGGAAGGCUUUCCACGCCGCGGUGAAGGACAUAGAGGAAUCGUCAUGUCUGAAAUUCAAAAGGAGAAACAACGAAGAGGACUAUCUGUUUAUUUCCAGCAUGGAUGGAUGUUGGUCAGAUGUGGGACGAGUCGGUGGCAAACAAGAUGUGUCUCUGGCAGAAAACUGUAAUAGUAAAGGUAUAGCUCUCCAUGAGCUUCUCCACGCUCUGGGAUUCUGGCAUGAACAUUGCAGGCUUGAUAGAGAUCAGCACAUCCAAAUAAUGUGGCAGAAUAUUGAGGAUGGACUGGACUACAAUUUCGACAAGCACGAUUGGCUUUACAAUGAUUUACAGGAACUCCCUUACGAUUAUGACUCUAUCAUGCACUACAACGCUUAUUCCUUCUCGGCUAACCGAAAGCCGACGAUAGUUCCGAUAGGCAAUACCGACAAAGAGAUAGGCCAGAGAAGAGGUAUGAGCGAAUUAGACGCCAAAAAGCUCAAUAAACUCUACAGCUGCGACAAACCACAUGGCUGGUCCAGCUGGGGCGAUUGGUCACCGUGCUCAAACGAAUGCUUACGGAUAAGAGAAAGAUUCUGUAUAGGUGUCCAUAAGAAGAGGUGUCAAGGAGAUUCCCAGCAAAUAGAAACGUGUCCAAGUACAUGUUAUCCUGUUAACAGGUUUGGCUGUUGGAAAUAUGAUCGUUCCAAUCCAAGUAUAUCGUCCCUGGAGGGUCGUACUACGAUGCUCAGAACGAUGCACCUGGAACGGAUUGAUCCGAUCCGACAGUGCGCAGACGCAGCGGGAGCACUAGGGUACAAGGUUUUCGCUCUGACGAAUGACUCGGUGUGUUUGAGCUCACCCACAGCCCACCUGACCUAUAUGAGGGACGGGCCGUCGGAGUCGUGUACCUACAUCGACAGGGGAAAGUUGGAUUCCAUGUAUGCCUUCACACUGGAAUUUGAUGCGGCUGUAGACGGACAAUGGGGAAUGUGGUCAGAAUGGUCGAAGUGCUCGGUCACGUGCGGAACGGGUAGUAUGACAAGAAACCGGAUAUGUAACAACCCAGAACCGGACAAUGGUGGCCGGGAGUGUGUGGGAAAUGAUCAGGCCACUGAACAGUGCCACAUGAAGGACUGUCUCCGGUGGUUUUACCCUUCCGGUUAACCAAGUUAAGCACAUGCGUACUGGCUGAAUACCUACGAGCUGUAUUUAUCUCACAAUCCCAACAAUGUAGUCGUAAUUUUGCAUUAGAACUGACAAUGUGGUAAACCGAGACUGGGAUGUAAAGGUGAGCAAGUUAAAAGACAAGACGGCACCUGGCUAAAACAUAUUUCAGUCGAAAGCACGAUAGUCAAGCCUUCUAAAAAGUAUUAUACUUUAGUAUUUCAAUGAGAUGUCACCGAAUGACAUGUAAAACAAAAUGACAAUACCACACAGAGGACUGGUGUGAAAAGAUGCAGCCAUCUUGAGAAUUUUAUCCAAUCAAACACGUUGUUAUCAGAUUGUGCGGCCUAAGCUGUGACGUAGCCUUUACCCAUUCACUCCAUGAAGUGACAUAACACAAAACUACUGCAUAGGACAUCAUUUUGAGAUUGUUUACAACGACUUAGUUACGUGUAGCCGACGGGCCAUUUCACACAAUGUUGUGGGGCAGGUCUGUAUCAUUUACGGACCACCACAGGUGUAAAUCAGAUGAUUUACAAGCCGUGUGAAAUUCACCGAUGGAAUGACGAAUUAUGUCAGACAGUAGCAUACCGUCUCGUCUCAUUCAUCUCCCAAAGUAUAUGUUUUGUUGUUCAUUUUAGCGUUUAGUCAGCAGUUUCUACAUAACUAUGAUCAGAGUCAGAGCAAAAUUUAUUAGAGAUGCCGAAAGUUUAUGGAAAUGAGAAGACGGCAUCUCACCAUAAAACGCUAAAAUUUUUUUCUCUCUUAAUUUAUUACAACUGAAGAAUUUAAAUUUUGCUCCUUCUUGCAAGUAAGGUUUUUUUUUGUGUGCUGUCUUCUUGAAACGCCAUGUUCAAGCCGAGGUGCUUUCUCUGACGUCCGCGAUAACUAGGUUAGCACUGCUUUCAUCUUAGAAGCCACCGCUUCAAAAUUGAAGCAUAAAAUCCAGCCACAGUCAAAUGCUUAAAUCAGCCUCAGUGAUACUUAAAUUUAUUUCCAUUUGUUUCAGAAUUAAGCAUGAAUCUUAUUGUAAUUUUUUUACACAUUUAAUUGGGGUCAAAACUCACCAGCACAACCCAUCAGGACGCUAUGAUCUGAACCAGGGAUACCCCGGCCCUGCAUCUGUAGCUAGGUUAUUGAAGCUUCUCACCAAUGCGGUCGCUGUGAGUUCAAGACCAGCUCAUGCUGGCUUCCUCUCCGGGCGUACGUGAGAAGGUACGGCAACACCCGGUUUCCACCCACCGUAAUGCUGGCCGCCGUCGUAUAAGUGAAAUAUUCUUGAGUACGGCGUAAAACACCAAUCAAAUAAAU